UCUUCUAUGGAAAGAAUAUAAAAUCUGUGAUGGGUGCGCGGUGUGGGAGUAAGGUGUAAGGAGUGUGAGUCGGUUUGUUUAGUUUGACUCGAAGCUUGCUAUCAGAAGUGGCAUGUUGACCCUUGGAAGAUUUCGUCUUAUUGGGUUCGGUGAGAGGUUUCUGUCAUGCAGAUUAUAUUCUUCCAGUGCACUUGGUACAGUAGAAGAUUUUACUGUGAAGAAUGAACCUACUCUUGAGUAUCAGCCUGGGUCAAAGGAGAGAGAGCAGUUGCAAGCAGCCCUGUCAAAAUGGUCCAAGACAACUACAGAAAUCCCUGUGAUAAUUGGCGAUAAAGAAUACAAAGAUGGGGAUUUCAUUUAUCAGUUGAUGCCACACAACAGACAUCAGAAGCUGGCUAAAGUGUACCAGGCAGAUAAGAAAUUGUUAGAUAAUGCGAUAGACACUGCUUUGCAAGCACAAAAGAAAUGGGCACAGGUUCCUUGGCAAGAGAAAAUAAAAAUCUUUCAGAGAGCAGCAGAAAUGAUUGCAACAAAGUAUAGAUUUGAUAUUAAUGCAGUUACUAUGUUGGGUCAAUCCAAAACAGUGGUUCAAGCUGAAAUUGACUCAGCUUGUGAACUAGCAGACUUCUUUAACUUUAACACCUAUUAUCUGAAAGAGAUGUUGAAAUAUCAGCCAAUAAGUGUUGACCCAAAGGUGACACUAAAUAGUGUCAGAUUCAGAGGACUGGAAGGUUUUGUAGCAGCCAUAAGCCCAUUUAAUUUCACAGCAAUUGGAGGAAAUUUGGCAUAUGCUCCUGCAUUAAUGGGUUGUGUUGUGUUAUGGAAACCAUCUGAUACAGCAGCACUUUCCAAUUAUUUAAUAUUCAAAAUCAUGCAAGAAGCAGGCUUACCUCCAGGUGUAGUUAACUUUGUACCAGCUGUUGGACCAACAUUUGGUGAUGCGAUAACUUCGCAUCCAAAUUUAGCUGCCAUAAACUUCACUGGUUCUGCACGGACAUUCGAGGUACUUUGGAAACUUGUCGGCAAUAACGUAAGCCGUUACAAGAGUUAUCCACGAUUGAUUGGUGAAUGUGGUGGUAAAAAUUUCCACUUCAUUCAUCCAAGUGCUGAUGUUGAGUCUGCGUCCCUUCAGACUAUCCGUUCAGCAUUUGAGUACCAGGGACAGAAGUGUUCCGCUUGUUCACGACUCUAUGUGCCUGCAUCAUUGUGGCCGAAGAUUAAGUCAAGACUUCUUGAAGUUCGGGAUCAGAUAAAAGUUGGAGAUCCUGCAGACUUCAAAUCAUUCAUGGGUGCUGUAAUCGAUGAGAAUGCAUUUAAGAGAAUCAAAUCGUACAUAGAUCUAGCAAAGAAGGAGUCUUCCACAACAAUCAUUGCUGGAGGAGAUUAUUCAGAUGAGAUUGGUUAUUUUAUACAACCAACAAUAAUAGAAUCUACAGCACCAAACACUAAGCAGAUGACAGAGGAAAUUUUUGGGCCUGUUCUGACUGUGUAUGUGUACAAGGACAAUGAUUUGUGGUCAACUCUGGAAAAAGUCAACACCACUACACCAUACGCUCUUACAGGAGCUGUUUUUGCAUCAGAUAGGGAAUUCAUUGCCAAAGCACAUGAUUAUCUCAUCCAUGGAGCUGGAAACUUUUAUAUUAAUGAUAAAUCGACAGGAGCAGUUGUGGCACAACAACCAUUUGGCGGUGCUAGAAAAUCAGGUACAAAUGACAAAGCUGGUGGACCACAUUAUUUACUGAGAUUCACUUCAAUACAGGCAGUGAAGGAAACAUUUGUACCCUUAAAAGACUGGCAAUAUCCUUAUAUGAAGUAAGAUUGUAUGGUUCUUUUUUAUAUUUUUUGUUAUUAUUAUUAUCAUUGCAACCUUCAAAUACAUUAGUUUAAGUGUUUGGCUGCUAUUAUGUAUCUAUAUUAUGUGCAUUUUGAUUGCUUCAUAUUUAUUGUGGCAUAAAUUGUUCACCUUUGUAUUUGAUCAAUGAUAAAGUUCUUUUGACAUAUUUUUAUGCAAGUACUCCCUAUGGUUCAUGGUCCGUGCUGAAAAUAAUCGAAAUGUAGUCUUAAUAGCAAAAGACUAGGGGGCUGCUCUGCUAUUUCUUAUUGUCACUGAUAGCUUUUACUUUUCAUUGGUCUUCCAUUUUAAAUAUUGUAAUUUUAAGUGGUUUCUGCUUGCAUUGUUUAGUUACUACGUUCUUUAUCAGCUAAUUCUAGAAAUAAAAUAUCUCACCUCUACCACUGUAAGCUACAAUUGGCUGUGAAGAAUUUCAAUAAAUGGAAGUUAAUUAGAACAUUGAGAGGAUCCCAUAUUUGAUUCAAAUGUGGGCUCUCAAAGUGAAAUUAGCAUUACACCAAGAAAUGUACAAAGUAUUUAUUAGUAAUAUAGGAUCAUGUUUAAUAAUAGUUCCUCUGAGGCAUGUGAUACUUUUUACUGCUGCAUUGUCAAACACUAAUUAUGUGUCUGUUCAUUUAUGUAUACUAAUAUCACAGAAUUAUUGUAUUCAAUACAGUAUUAUUUAAAUAAAAUUUUAGGAAAUGA